AUGGAUGCCACCUGCAUCUGCAGCUCGAUUCAACUCUUGGCCAAGGGACACGACGAGGACAGCGCCAGGGCCUUGAUCCCUGCUCUAAACUGCCACCUGGAAGAUCUGCGUCGUCUUCUGGCCCAGUCAAAAUCGCUCUCCCGCGAUGUCCGGUAUCGAGUCACACCGCGUAAUGAGCGAACAGGCAGGGUGUUGUCUGUGACAUCAGCCCACAUCGCGCCCGUGAACAGGAUACGCGAGUUAUUCGGCGAUACUGUUGGUGAGUUUUGGGUAUCUUCAGACGGCCGUGUCAGCACCGAGCUGCGUCGACGACUUGCGUGCGUUGUGAUAUUCCUUCGGUCCAAGUUGAGCUCCCAAGCUUCAGUGCCCCCUCAACUCGCCGGAAUAUUUCAUAAAAACUACAACUAUACCGACAUUCGAAACUGUGGGAGCAAGUAUCUCCAGAUCGCUCGGAAGCUCGGUGGCCUCGGAUCGAUCCUCUGGCUUCCGCUGGACAUCCCAUCCUCAACCUACGAGAGAUACCUAAACUUGGACGAUGAGGAGGUAUUCCAUCAUUUGGCUUCUCUCACCCCUCGGUACGAAGACUAUACAGCUCUUGUGCAGCGUCUCAUAUUAAGCCAACUACUUGAUCCGACGCUGCCACCCUCGUAUCUGAAUCUUUUUGCCGGGUACGCAGAUAUACUGCCGGCCCCAGACCAGCUAUUACUCCUCCUCCAUGCACUCGGCGGCUCUGACAUUCCAGAGAAGCUUCUGAAGAGUGUCCGUUUGCCGCAGAGGAGAUGGGACAGCAAUGGAGAGAUCCAGACCGUCACCGCUGCCGAGUUUGGUCUCCCAUCGGAGCUCAUCAACAUACUGUCUGAUCAAAUUCAUCUUUCUCGCGCCGCGAAAAGCCCGUACAUCAUCAGAAGCGCCCUUGAUGACACUACCAUUGUGUGGUCUCUUUGUCCCGACUAUGCGUCGAUUUUGUCGCGCAUCCUACAUCCUAGAACGGCCGAUGAGCUCGGAGACACAGCCUUGAAACUCAUUUGCUAUGUUUGCCCCCCCUGCUACGAGGGCAACACAGACUGGUCACCUGUGCUCAAACAGGCUGUUUGGCCGAUAGUGCAGAGAGUCACAAAACGACACAAAAUACCACCGUCACUCAGAGUCCAAGUCCUUGAGACCCUUCUCUUCUUUGGGGAAAGAGAUUCGGUUGCUAUACGUCGUGUUGCCGUCGAGCAGGCCAAAGGACUCCUGCGGAAGUCAAUGCCAUAUUAUCUCCACGCUUCCGUUGCACUCUUCCGCAGCACCCUCCAUCGCGUCGACGCAGACUUCGCCAAAUCGGAGUCGUACAUACGCGACUUCACCUGGCGUGGACCCCGUCCGACCACCCGCCGGGACCACGCGCUCCAGGGACGCCUUCACAUUUCCCAGAUGGAGAACAAGAUCAAGUGUUACGACAACGACGUGCCGUCAUCCAUCUACGGCUGGAAGGCCGACCAGCCGCUGUCGGCCCUGGACAUCGAGGUCACGUUCCGGCUCCAGAGCACGGCGGCGCGGUUCUUCCAGUCGGUCGGAGAUUUUGGCGCGGCCAGGGACUCCUUGGAGCAGAUCCUGUCCCUCGACACGACCAAGCCGAUACGCGGCAGCACGCGCCGCGUCUUGGUCGGCAGACUCGCCGACACAUACUGCGAGAUGGGGGAUUGUGCGGCUGCUGCCGAGAUGGUCCGCGCAGAGCUGGACAACAUGAACGACUCUCAAAGCCUGCGUCGCGAGUUUCGACGGCUGAUGCUCGCCUCGGCGGAAGCCAACAUCGGACUCGAAAAGCUGGGCGCGGCGGAGUCGGCGCUCGAGGAGCUGGAGGGGGCCACGCUUCCCAGGCCGGACAACCUGCACGACCAGCAACUACACAUGCGCGCGCUCCUCGCCGCCGCUCGCAUCGCUCACUCCGGGACGGACCGCGGCUGGGCUGUGCUGCGGUGGAAGUCUGCGCUCGAGGAGGUCCAGCGCAUGCACACCCUCGGGUCGGGGGGCGGGUUCACAGCGGCGGUGAUCCAUGUGUCUCUGGCCCACGCCCAGCUCGCCGCCGGUGACGGGGAGGGCGGUCGACGGUCGUGGGCUACGGGGAUGGAGCUUAUGAGGAGCCAGACGUGCGAGUACUGGCUCCCCGUCGUGCCCACCGCAUGGUUGCAAAGGAUCGCCAGGGAGGUUCAUGAUUCGCAGGGUUGGCUGUUCCGCAUGAAACUGCCUGGCGCGAGGUGUGACAUCACAUGGACUUGA